GGUUUAAAGUCGGAUCGAGCAGUUCCGACCCUCUCAGUUCACAGUUGGUGAGAGUUUCUGGAGGACGUUCAAGCAGUAACUGCUGCGUAAAGUCCAGUGACCGAUGUUCCGCAACUCAGGCACCAGAGCGCUGCUCUGCGCCCUGUGUUACAUGGUGUGUGCGGCUGCCCUGACACAAGGUGCCCCUACGAACCUGGGCCGUUACAUGUGGCUGGAAUGUAAACCCAACAGCACCGAUGCCAAUUGUCUGACCCGCCAGACCCCGCUGGCUACCAUUCCUUCCACCGCUCCCCAACGCUUAUCCGCCAGAGGAGACAUCGCCCGGCUGGCCGCUGAGAAGCUACAACUCCUGAACCCUGAGGAAGAGUUGGGAUCUGGGAAAGACUCCACGUUUGACGAGCAGGAAGCAUUGGGUGUGAAGAUGGCCGAUCUGUACCGGUCGGCAAAACUGCAGGGAUCCGAGCCAGAGGAGGUGUCCGGAUUCGGAGUGUCUGGUGAUGGAUACAGUUCCGACUUGGACAAGAAUUAUGUGGAAUAAGGUGGAGAAGGCAGCAAGGCAGUAUUGGAGCAAGGCAGCUUCACUUCAAUACAAUAUCUCUGGACUCUGAACAUGAAUGGGACUCCCGCUAAAAUAAUUCAUUUACUAUAAGUGAGCAUGAUCCUUAUUCUUAGCCUAUAGUAAAUGCACUUAAGGAUAAAGGUAAAAGCUACCACGCUGUGCACACAGGGAGAAAUUUUAUCUAUUUAUGAAGCGUAGAAUUUGUGAUCAAAGCAAAUUAGAGAUUUCAACGUUUAUUUUAAGCUAGUUUUACGUUACUAUUUUUAAAGCAACCCGUCUGAUCGCUUGCAACCACAGUAAUUUUGAAUUGUGCGGACAAAGGCGAAAUGUAUUGUGUUUUAUAUACAGUAUAUAUAUAUUAUAUAUAGGCCAGUUUUAGACUUAGAUCCCGCGAUAUUUGUAUAUUUGUUGGGUGGGACGUCAAUAAAGUUGAGAGAGAAUUUGGUAUCAUUCCAGCGAGUCUGGAUUUAGAGGAAAACGUAAAUAUAAUAAUAACCCUUGCAUUGAUACAGCACUUCAUCUUGUCCAAACAUCUCAAACCCAUUCAUGGGAUUUACUGUAAAGUCUAGUGACUGUAUGUUUUGUAGGCGACCAUGGCAGCCAACUUGAGCACAGCAAUAUUCUCCCUCCCAUACAAAAUAAAAAUGAACCAUAGGUUUGUUUGUGAAACGCUUCCAAGAUAUUUGAAAGCGGUCAAGAUUUAAUUUGGAGUUUAUAAAGUACACAAUAAUUCAAUUUCAUAAUAAUAAUCCUUGCAUUUGAUAUAGCACCUUAUGUCUUCGAGAUGUCUCAUAGCAUUUCACAGAAUAUACUGUAAAGUGAAUUGACUUUGUAUUCGUGGGUGAAACAUGGCAGCCAACUGCGCAGAGCAGUGUCCCACAAACAGUCACAGAUUGAGUGACCAAAUUAUUAUUUUACAACAAAUUGGACAAUAAUUGUCCUCUAAUUUGUAGCAAAGUGCACAGAGAAAUGGCAAAUGCCACCAAACUGUAUGGAGGACAUUCAGACAUCAGCUGUGCUCAUAACUGUUUAAAAUGUGUUUAAACAUCAUUAAAUAAAACCUUGCAAGCAAAAACA